GCGAUAGGCCUGGGAUUUAAGCCUCUUGCGCUCCUUCUCACAUGCAAUAGGAAGAAAUAGAAAAAUCUCAAAGGUAAAAGAAACAGAGGCGUUGUUGCAUCUGCGUCUUUUCAUGGCAUCACGGGGGCAGCAGCAGCAGCAUGUUAAUAUUCCAGAAGAAAUCGUGAUUGAAAUCCUCCGCCGUCUACCGAUCCAAUCCCUGCUGCGAUUCAGGUGCGUUUCGAAGCUGUGGCGAUCUAUAAUCUCCCAUCCUAAAUUCACCCUUUCUUCUUCUUCGUCCCAAAGCCACCUCUUUAUUGCCAAUAGGCCCAAUACUCCAGACUUUUACUCUCUCAAUUUCCAAGACACUUGGCCGAGCGAUCCUCGUCCUCUCAAACCACCGUUUUUUUAUGAAGUCCACAAGGGCAAGAAACCUAGGGGCUCCUGGUAUUCUUUUUAUGUCUUAGGUUCGUGCAAUGGCUUGUUGCUUGUAUUAUAUUGCGCAGAUUUGUACUUGUGGAACCCUGCAAUCAGGCAAUGUGCCAAAGUGCUCUCGAUUCAGAGAGAUAGUAGUCAGAACGUGCUCCCGAUGUGUAUUUGUGGAACUCCACAAUCUGGACUCUGUUUUGAUUCCUACUCUGACGAAUACAAGGCAGUAAUGGUGCGUCGCGGUGGAUUGGUCAACGUAAUUAGUUUUAGAAAGAAAAAAUGGGACAAAACUAUUUGCAACAUUGUUGCCAUGGACGAGAAGGAUGGCAAGAGCUUGAAGUCUGGACCCGUAGUAAAAGAAAAGUUGCACUGGCUGAUCACCGGCUAUGAUCCUAAUAACCACUUUCCAACCCUGAACCAGAUCGUUUAUUUCGAUCCGCUUACAAAUGAAUUUGUGGAAUUGCCAAUGCCACAAAUACCUAACAAUGGGCAACACGUUACCAUUAUAAUAUGGUUGGGACUUUUAGAGGGAUGUCUUUGUAUGGCACGCUGUGUCUGUGAAGCGGGUGAUUGUACUUUAGAAGUUGAACUUGAUGAAGUUAAACCCAUUUCUAUCGAGGUGUUGGUGUUGAAAGAACAUGGCAUGGUAGAGUCAUGGACCAAAGCUUUCAUCAUAUCUAAUGACUCCGGGAUUUUACCGAGGCCACAUUACAGAAGCUUGGUGCCAUUGUGCUUUACAAAAGAUGGUGAAGUUCUUAUGUCAGUGAAUGGCUCCCAAUUGUUGGCGUACAACCCUGAUGAAAUGUCAAAUAGGGAUAUUCAUCUCCUAGGGAAUCAACAUGGCGGUUAUGUAGCUUCAUACGUGGAGAGUUUGGCUUCACCCUCUGCAUAUGGUCACGAAGAUUGGAUAGUGCAAGGACCAGAUGUGUGGUAUUUCUUCUUUUGUUCCUAUGCUGAGAACGACAACUAUGAGGAAGAGGACAGUUCCUAUGGUUAUUGUAGUGAUGAGGAGUCCUUCCAUUCAACCAAAGAGGACAAUUCAAUCAAGGAAGAGGACACAUCCUAUGGUUAUUGCAGUGAUAAAAAGUCCUUUCAUUCGACCAAAGAGGACAACUUGAUCGAGGAAGAGGACAUUUCCUGCGAUUAUUUUACUGAUGAGGAGCCCUUUCAUUCGACCAAAGGUGAUAGCUCCAUCGAGGAAGAGGACAAUAGUGUUUUCAAAGGCUUCUGAGAAAAAGAAAAAAAUAAGGAAAAGUUAAGUAAAAAAACGAAAGCACGGCAUUGCUUCUUAUCAGCAAGAGAGAGAAAACAAAAGGCAAAGCAGAAAAAUUAGAGAUAAAAGUGAAGUAACAAGCAUAAGAAAGAGCAAACAGAAAAAGAAAUAGGGGAAAAACAUGUAUCAUGCUGAUUUGCAUAAGCAGGUAUUCAUUGUCAUUCCUUUCUGUAUGAAAUUCAAGUGUUUCU